AUGCCCCGCAGGUCGUCCACUGCUCUGUCACGUACAGCGUCCGUAAGCUCUACUGCUUCAUCACAUCAAGGUGGAAAACUGCAGUUCCCUCUGCCAGAUGAUUACUUUCCACCAGUCAGCCUCACGCUAGCUCAAGUGCAGCAGUUUCACACUCAGGUGGAAGAGCUGGCCAUUGACGCAAUGGAGUCAUGCCGGGAUCACGAAAACCGAGUUGCCGGUUUUAGCAUCGCGGACGAUAAGCAGUGGCAGGAUGUAACACGAGAUUCAGACUUAUCGAUCGUCCGCCGCAAACAGGGAUCGCUCACGAUAACACGCACGUUCGGUACAGUCAUGAGCAACUUCCGCCGCUUCGUAGACUUUUUUUCGUCUGAGACGUCAGAGCAGCUAUUCGCUUGGAAUCAAUUUUUCUUUGGAUGCGCUGUUGAUGCCGUCGCGUUGUGUAGUCUUAAUAUAAACAAGUCAGCGAAACAUGCGACGCUUGGUAUCAAAUGGACUUGCAUUCAGCCUUCGAUGCUCACGCGCAAACGAGACGAAUGCUUUCUCGAAUAUAUAACGUAUAAGAAAGACGAUCAAGGCCGCGAUGUGGCGAUAAUUGUAAGAACUCCCGUCGAUAUUCCCGAAUGCCCGCCGUUUCCGCACGAGCUUAAGACAAAGCGGGAGAAAGUCACGUCUGUCAUGGUAGUGCGCAAAGCGGAUUUGUGUCCGGACAAGACGCAGAUUUUUAUGCUGAGCAAAUGUGAGCACAAGGGACUCACAGCUACCACCAAGUUUUGCAAAAAGCUUUUACGAGCAUUUAAAGACGUGUCGCUCUCUGCCGAUGCAAAAAAAAUAGCCACAUCUCCAGGAUUAGCGGAGCAGUCUUACGCUGGAGGCGAUCCUUAUUCUAUAGGAGAUGGCAUUAGGCCGUGGGUGCCGCCGGCUACUAUACAACAAGGCUGCACGGACUGCUCUCGGACCUUUCGAGCGGGUCGUCGACGUCGUUACUGUCAAUUGUGCGGAGACAUGUUCUGUUCAAAGUGCCUUGUCAGACGGGCUGGAAUUCGGCAAGAAAAGAAUGGCACGAAUAACCAAAUCCCCAUGACUAGCCAGCGAACAUUUCGUGUGGCUCAGUCGCUCUUCUGCAAAGUGUGUGUCGGUCGUACUCGUGAAGAAGACCCGGAACCUAUUCUAGAACAUGCCGAGACAACCCGUUCCUCCGUCGUCUCGUCUAAGUCGUCUCAAGCAACUCGCCGUUCGUCUCUGACAAAAUCGCAGAUACCGAAGUCAUCCACGCCGACUUCUUCAGUAUCCCGUAGCUCCCUCUCGUACCAGAAGGAUGCGCCUCGACGCAGUGCUACCUGGAUUGAAGAGCACCGUAAUUCUUGGUGGUCUGAAAAUGAGUCUGACACGUGCAGCUGGAAGUCUGGCUCCAGUCGCUUCAGUACUAUCUCACGCAAUUGUAGCGGAGCCCCCACGGUGCGUUCGUCCUUUAGCUCAGAGUACUCCUAUAGUAGAAAUUCUUUUCUAGCGGUGCAGUCUUUAGAAACUCCAUGCGAGAUUGAUGCAGACCGGAUAAAUGACUGCAUUGAUGAGCGCUCAAGUAUAUACGAAGUAAUUGACACAAAAGACAUGACACCGGAGUCGGAGCAUCAGAAACAACUGCGAAGUCAGCAGUCUUCUGCCUCCGUGUGUACGGACUCCACUGAUGAUGGCGAACAUCAUGAUGGUAUCCGUAAUCGAUACACAUCGACGCCAAUAGCCCCAACAUUUUUGCCGCCGCAUUCUAACAUUGCCCGACGUACACACAGCACCGACCAGAAUGAUAAUGCUGGCUCAUCCAAGUCGUUAGAACAGUGCAUCGCGGAGCAAAAUGAGCUUCUACAACAGGUAUUAUCGGCGAGCCGUGGUUUUUCUCCUGAUGUUCGGGCACGAGUCAAGGCGUCUUCCGCGGGUCAAAGUACUGACGAUGAUGACGACGACGAAGGGCACGAUGACGGCGUUUAUGAGCUCUGA